AUGCAACCCCUAAAUCCAUUCCUCGCUGCCUUCUUCCGAAGCUCCCUGCCGUCACAGUGCACGCCGGUCCAUCACCACAUCCUCCUGGUCCCGACCACCGAUGUGCUCCUCACCUCGCGCGAGUCCGAGAGUGGCUCGACCUUUCACGAGGUCAUCACCUCCGAGGAGUUCCUAGCUAGCCACGUCUUGCGCAUACCCGCCUCCAACACCGCCGCCGCCGCCGGUGGCAAGGAUGUUGCACAAAACCUACGGGAGCUGAGGGGGAAGGCGAAGCAGUACCAGACCAUCAACGGCCGCACAGUCGUCAUUAAGGAUACGCACGUCUACAGUAAUAAGGGCUUCAAGUCCCUUGCCCAGGCUCAACUGCUCAACGACGCGACAUGGUAUCCCGACCUGCUCGAGCCCCGCCAAUGGCUGAUAUACUACAUCACCCGACCCCUCGUCGGAGUAUGGGACGAGAUCAAGAUUGUGCCGGCUGUGCUGAUCGAGGGCAUUGCGAGAAUACAGGCUCUCGAGCGGAGUCGAUCGGCAGCUAUGGAAGGCGAGGGCGCCAUGCUGCCCCGCAAGAAGGACAUCAAGAGCUUCCACGACCUGCUGAAUCACUUCCCGAUCAUUGCGCGACAAAUGCAGCCCGGUUUGGAGAAGCUGUUCCGCGAGUUUACGACCGUCUUCGAGCGACCGCUGCCGCCGCCCCCCUCGGCGAUGCGCAUACCCGACCCCGAGCCCGAGGGGCCAAUUGCGACCGCCAUGAAAAAUGCGCGCUCCAAUAGCAUGAACGCCGCCAGAAGACCCAACAGCAUACCUAAUGGGCUGCCAGUUGCGGAGAACUUCUACGCAGAGGACGAUGAGGACGUUAUGAGGGCUUCUCUUGAGACUGCGGUGACGGCGGCCAUUGAUCUGUUCCAAGGGGUCGACAAGCAACAGCUUUCAAUGCUCGGUGCGACGACGGAUUUGACUGGACCUCGGGUUGAGAGGCUCAUCGAACGAUACGUCACCGAAAACGUGCACCACCUCCUGUUCCCACGCCUCAGCGCAAUGAAGCGGCCGUAUGAUCUCGAAUUGGAGGCCAAGAUCCGGCAGAUGGAGUUCAUCGAUUUGUCGCAGCUGGGCAUUGUCAUUGAAGGCGGCUGGCGCGGGAAGCACGAGCUGACGAUACAACUCGGUCUUGCCGUGGAGGAGUUCAAAAAGAUGGCUCUCGCCCUGAGCCCACAAGAGAUGCUUGACCUGCUGCUGUCGACCAUCAAGGCCGUCACCCAUCUGACGGACCUCUCCCGGGCGCAAGCGGCUUCUUCAUCAGAAAAGCCUACCCUAACUGUCAAUGCUGACACUCUCGUGUCGUUACUCCUGUUUGUGGUUAUCCGAGCUCAAGUCAGGCAUUUGCAUGCGCGUCUCAUCUACAUUCGCCAAUUCAUCUUCAUUGACGACGUCGACAAUGGCGAAAUGGGGUACGCCCUGAGCACGUUCGAAGCCGUCUUGGCCUACCUCGCUCUCGAUUCAUCGGGACUGAGAAGAGCCAGCAAGCGAAACAAGUCGCUUUGGGAUGCCGUGUGCAACGGCACGAUGGAUGGAGUCAAACGGAUCAUGGAGCCGGACUCGAAUGCGAUUGUCGACGAUGAUAUUUAUGACUCGCCAGUGUCAAGUCGCCGGCCGUCAGGCACGUGGAGCUACACGAAUGGUUCUGCGUCCAGGCGAUCUUCCACGGCGGCUACAGCAUCCGAUCGCUUCUCCUCUGGCUCCGGCCUGAGCCACGUAUUCCCGUUCCAAGUCGAGGACAGCGAUACAGACCUUGACUUCCCCCUUCCUCCUGCGCCACGAAAAGUGAAGCGAGUAGCCAUGGACACAAGAAGCAUGUCCAGCGGAUCCGAGAUUUCUUACCACUCAAGAGCGACAAGUAAUGGGACUAUCGGCAGCGUGCUAGAAGGCGAUAUCUCCAUUGAUCGCUUAUCGCAGACACACAAUUCUUUCGGCGAGUCACUUCUCAUGAUGGCUGUGCAAAACGAGAGGCCCGAAAUUCUCAAAUACCUUCUGUCGCUAGACGAAUACUACCCGCCAAAGAUGAUUCUCGACGACAUCAACAACGAAGAUACGACACUACUAAGCGCCGCUGUUCAACUAGGUCACGCGGAGAUGAUUAACACCCUCCUCAACUUUGUCAUGGCGGCUGCGGCAAAAGAGCGCCUCAGGGAAUACCUCGCGCAACAGGACAUUUGGGGGCGCAGCUGCGCGCAUUACUUGUUCCACGCGCCGUUCCUCAUAUCUCGCAUAGGGAAAUUAGUUCCCUGGCGGCAAAAAGACAAGAACGGCCAAACGCCACUUUUUGCGUUGUGUCGCUCCUAUGACCAUGUGCAUUACCAUGAAAUGGUGGAUGCCGGCCUUGACGCGGCCACGGAAGCCCAGGGUGACGGGCUUCCGCUCCACAUUGACAACCAUGUGGAUGGCAAGGGGAAUACGCUGCUUCACAUUGUGAACGAUCCCCAUCUCGCAGCCAGGGUUCUUCAGCAAUGCGAUGUUGACGUCAAUGCAACCAAUGAAAAGAAGUUUACGCCAUUGAUGGUAGCCAGCAAAUAUGGCCGGCUGGACAUGGUGAGGACGCUGUAUGUGGAUGCACGAGUCGACGUUGCAGCCCGAGAGCUCCGAAGCCUGACGGCCGUCGAGCUGGCCAAAGACGACGACAUUCGAAAUAAGAUUGACGACUUGGCACUGUUUAGCAUGCCCCCUGCGGCGGAUGCCCGUAUCACCGGUGUCGUAAGGGCCUUUUUUGUUGAAGAUGCGACCAUUCGCUUGGUCUUGAAAUCGGCCGCCCCCGCCGACCACAUGAGCUACACUGUCACUACUAGCCGCCGCAACCUGUCCGAUUUCGAGCAUCUCGGCAAUCUUCUCGCGCUUGAGAACCCGGCGUCGUGGAUACCCGCCGUAGCCGGCGUGCGGUCGCCGUUCCAGAUCCCGUCGAAGCCGUCAAGAGCAGUCUUGCGGGACAUCCAGACUAGGACCGACUGGUUCCUCAAGAUCAUGCUCCAGCACCCCACAUUCGCUACGCACGAGAUGCUGUGGGAGUUCUUCCUCGUACCCGAUAUCCAGCUGGGUAUGAUGGAGCAGAGAAGCAAUCUGAAGGCGGAAACACGAGCUGAGAAGGUGCGGGAAGAGUACGAGCCUGUGAAGGAUGUGCGGGAGGUCGAACAGUUUGUCGACCACGCCAGAGAGAUGGUGCGGAGCGUCAACUAUUCCACCAAGAGCGUGGCCAGAAGAGUCAACGCCAUCGGGAUCGUUGCAUCAGACCUUCAUGAUGCAGCAGCUCUUCUGCACCGCGCCGUAUCAACGCUGCCGUUCCUGCCACUGGCAUACACCACCGCAUUGGAAUCAUACGUACGCACCGUCACGCCGAUGCAAUCGAACCCGUACGCCAUCUUCCACUCCACAUUUCUCGCAUCGCAAUCGACGAUCCAGGGCCUCCUGUCAGCGCUGGCGCGGCCACCGGCGCUCAUUACACAAAUCUCGACCGCCCGCAAGGCAGUGGAGCGAAACUAUAACUCGCUCAACCGAUCGACACGGUGGCCACUCGGACUACUGGACGACACGCGACAACGACUCAACGAGGAGCGCGAGGAGAAGGCGCGACAGUCACAGGAGCAAGUAGACGAUCUCGGUCGAGAGCUCCGGUACCACCAGCAAGUAGUGGCCGGGGAACUUGCCGGAUGGCAGGACCUGCACGAGAAGAUGGGGCGACGGGCGAUCAAGGAAUUCGCCAAGGGGAUGGUCAUCCAAGAAAGACUCCGGCUCGACGGGAUGAUGAGGGCUCUGCGCCGGCUGAGGGAAGGCAAGGCGGAACUUGCGACAAUGGCGGAGGUUGUUUCAGGGCAGUCGAGUAUGAGUCAAUCGACGCACGACGGCAUGGGGAUGGGAAGGAUGGUGGAUGCGGGCGAGGGAGCCAGCAGCGCGGGUGCAGCAGCAGCAGCAGCAGCAGCAUCAGCCGGCACCAGCAAUGGAGUUGGCAGCAGUAGCAGCAGGCUGGGAGCGGGCGACGAGGCGGUGGCGAAUGCAGUGGCAGGAUUUUAG